GCCACUUUGAGUGUCCACCAUACAACCAGCAAACAAUUAGAAGUGCUUACCAUGUGAGGAAUAUCGAAGUCUUCAAACUCAAGCAGCUAAAGAGUCCAAUUGAUAUAUUUAUGUCACAUGACUGGCCAAGGAGCAUAUAUCACUAUGGAAACAAGAAACAGCUUCUUAAAAUGAAAUCCUUCUUCCGUCAAGAAGUGGAGAGCAACACAUUAGGAAGCCCUGCUGCUUCAGAGCUUCUGCAGCAUCUGAAACCCACCUACUGGUUCUCAGCACAUCUUCAUGUUAAAUUUGCAGCUUUCAUGCAACACCAGACAAACUCCAAAGAAGAGCUACCAAAAGCGACAAAGUUUUUGGCUCUGGAUAAAUGUCUGCCACACAGAGACUUUCUGCAGAUAAUAGACAUAGAACAUGAUCCUAGUGCAGGUGACUCGCUGGAGUAUGACGCUGAGUGGAUUGCAGUCCUCAAGGCCACCAACAGUCUUGCUAAUGUGACUCAGAGCUCAUGGAAUAUGCCUGAAAAUAAUGGCCUCCAUGCAAAGUGGGAUUACAGUGCGACAGAAGAAGCCAUCAAAGAGGUAUUAGAAGAGCUGAAUCAUAACCUCAAAAUUCCUUGUAACUUCACACUGACAGCUGCUUGUUAUGAUCCCAGCAAGCCCCAAAAGCACGUGGAACCGGUUCAUACCAUCAAUCCACAGACCACUGAGUUUUGUGCCCAGUUUGGCCUCACUGACAUCAAUGACAGGAUCCAGCAAGCUAAAGAAGAGGGCUCAGUACGAGGCGAAUAUGAAGAGGAGGAGGAAGAGGAGAUGGACAGUACUGGGUCAGCAGAGGAACCCAGUGAAUAUAAUACAGAUAAUUCUGGACUUUCAUCCAUUAAUCCAGAUGAAAUAAUGCUGGAUGAAGAAGGUGGUGAUGAAGACUUGAGUACAUGUUCUGUAGAUCCUUCCCCUGAUCAUCCUCCUGACUUUUCUGCAAGUUUUUCUGACAUCCGGAUCAUGCCAGAUUCUAUGGCAGUAUCGUCUGAUGAUGCUAUGGAUUCCACUAAUGAGGAACUGGAGAAAUCUGGUGCGAGUAAGCAGGUGGAAGAGAAGAGCUUAAAUGAGAGACCAUUAAAGCGCAUCGGUGGUAAUGAAAAUGGAAACAGUGGCAUUAAAAAAAUUAAGAGAAGGAAUCAAGCUAUCUAUGCUGCAGAGGAUGAAGAUAAAACAGAAUAAUACUUCAUAUGAUGUAUAAAUAAGUUCUCUCUGUACCUUUUUAUGGGAAGGUGGUGAGAACUGUAGUGGACUAUUCGUGCUUUUAAUGUUACUUG